UGUUCCUCCAAUCCAUGAGCAUAGAGAGCAUGAUGAGAAACUGAUGAAGCUGCAGAACCAACGAGGUGGCCGAAUCUUCCUUCAGGAUAUCAAGAAACCAGACCGUGAUGAUUGGGAGAACGGGCUGAAUGCAAUGGAGUGUGCAUUACAUUUGGAAAAGAGUGUGAAUCAGUCACUACUGGAACUGCACAAACUGGCCACUGAUAAAAGUGACCCCCAUUUGUGUGACUUCAUUGAGACUCAUUACCUGAAUGAGCAGGUGAAAUCCAUCAAAGAAUUGGGUGACCACGUAACCAACCUGCGCAAGAUGGGGGCUCCCGAAUCUGGCAUGGCGGAGUAUCUCUUUGACAAGCACACCUUGGGAAACAGUGAUAGUGAAAGCUAAGCCUUAGGCUGUCUUCCCAUAGCCACAAGGGUGACUUCCCUGGUCACCAAGGCAGUGCAUGCAUGUUGGGGUUACCUUUACCUUUUCUAUAAGUUGUAUCAAAACAUCUACUUAACUUCUUUCAUUGGUACCAUUCUUCAAAUAAAGUAAUUUGGUACCAAAAA